AUGCUGUCCCUCCUGAUCUUUACUGUGGGCUUGCUGCAAAGUCAUGCAAUAAACACCACCGGCAUAGAGAAUGAACAGGGUGGCUGCCAGUGUUCUGUCAUCCUUCCCGACAAUACAUUCCCAGCAGAUCGUCUGGAAGUUCUAGAGAUAUCCAGCCGGGAAAUGAGCUUCAGUGUCCAACAGGAGAUCACCAAGAUAAAAAGUUACCAAGCCUCAUUGACUGAGUACGUACAGAAGCUGAAGAACCUGACCCGUCGUGUGGAGAUAAUUGAGCUGGGUGGUGUCUCUUACACUGAACUGGACUUUGAGCUCCUUAAACUGGAAAUCAGAGAAAUGGAGUCUUUGGUGAUCAAGUUCAAAAACUCCUUCGAUGGAUCCAACACCUUGGUGGAAUCACUCUUUGUGGAGAUCCAUAAUAUCUCAGUCAUGGUGAACCAGCUGGAGUCAUACGACAAGAAUAACGUCUUGGCCGUAAGACGGGAAAUUGCCUCUCUGCGUAAGAAACUGGAGGAGUGCGAGAAAAAUCAAGGUGUUCCAACUCCUCCUCCUGUCAGUUAUGGUACCUGCAAACACGGCAGUCUUAAAAACAUCAGCAAGCCAUUUGUGGUGCAGUUGAACUGGCUAGGAUUCAACUACAAGUUCGGAGGUUGGGGCAAGGACUCUUUUGUAGGUGCUGGUCAGGAUGUACACUGGGUGGCCCCUCUAACCACAGAUGCUCGCACCAUGAACAUCUUGAGAUUAUACCCUACCUAUGAUGAUCUCUUGCUCUACAAGAGACCCACAGAUAAAGUUCUCACCAAGACUCUGUCUUACAACAAUAUUGACUAUUCCGGCUGUGGGCAAGGUGGUGGUAUGAUCUUGUUCAACAACUCCAUGUAUUACAACUGCUACAACACCAGGGACAUCUGCAAAUACAAUGUGGACACUGGUGCACUAGAGAGGAAAACGCUCACAGAUGCCACCUUCAACAACCGCUUCUCCUAUGCAUCGUCUCUCUGGCAAGACAUUGACCUUGCUAGCGAUGAAGAUGGUGUUUGGGCCAUCUCCUCUACGGAGGGGAAUUCUGGAAACAUCGUCAUAAGUAAGCUCAACUCAACCACUCUAACCGUGGAGAAAAGUUGGUCUACUGCCCAGUACAAACCUGCUGUUACCAACGCUUUCAUGGUUUGUGGGGUCCUGUAUGCAACUAGAACCCUCAGCACCCGAAAGGAGGAAAUAUUCUAUAUGUAUGACACCAGGACAAGCACAGAGGAGAAAAUCAGCAUUGUCCUUGACAAGAUGAUGGAGAAUGUACAGAGUGUGAGCUACAACCCUAAUGAUCACAAGCUCUUCAUGUACAAUGAUGGCUACUUGGUUACUUAUGAUCUUGCCUUCAAGCCACAGGAAAAUGCUAUGUAAAACUUUCCAUAACUAAAUGAAAUGUAAUUCCUCUUAAAACCCCCUAUUUGGUUUUAGGCAGAUGACA